CGCGAAUUCAGGUAUUUCAAACACAUGUCUUGUUUCGUCAUCCUCGAAAUGAGUCAUUGACUCAGGUGCCACAGAUCAUAUGACCGGUAAUCCUAGUCUAUUCUCGUCAUUCCAUUCAUAUUUACCUACUUCUAGUGUCACUUUAGCUGAUGGAUCUACCUCACCCGUUCUUGGAUCUGGUACUGUUGUUCCAACUUCUACAUUACCAUUGUCGCCUGUUUUGAGUCUUCCUAAUUUUGCAUUUAAUCUGCUUUCCAUCAGUAAAAUCACGCGUACUCUUAAAUGUUCUGUAACAUUUUUUCCUGGAUAUUGUGUGUUUCAGGAUCUGUUAACGAAGCAGACUAUUGGUAAAAGACAUGAGUCAGUUGGUCUUUAUAUUUUGGAUACAUCAAUCACAAAAGGGCUUUGCAUGGGUAAAAUGAAAGGUAAGUUGAUGACUGAGAUGGCUUGUUAGUCUAACAUAUGGUGGUCUCAAAAUGGGGGAGAGCCUCGAGUCUUCAUGAAUGAACAUCCUACACUCACCAAUAUAGGAGUCUCCUUCACUGUUAAACCUGCUCUGAGUUCCCUCAUUCCAGAUGACUUUCUUUCUUCAUAUAUUUGGAUAUAUCAUGAUAUAAAACAAAUCAUGGCAACAUUAAGGAAUUUGGAAGUGAAGAAUUGAAUGAGAGCUUCAAACAAAAG